ACAUACGGACCUCUCGGGGCUGAGGUUCUGGCUGAAUUCUGCUGAACUUGUAAUGUGCCCUGUCCGGAGGUAGUGGUGGCCCCCAGCCCGCAGGCCUUUACUCCCCGCGGGGAUGGGAAGGUCUCAAGGCAGCAGUAAGAGUCUGUUGGAUCUCAGAACCCCCUUCUGGUGCCUUGCUCUACGUGAGGCCACAGGCAGCACUGGCUCUGGCUGAAGAAGUCAGGCACCUGAGGGUACCCACCUGGCACUUAGGAGUCUUGCUAUAGCCAGACGCCAAACACAGGGCUUGGCAUGCAAUAGUUGCCCUAUAAAUAGUGGCACCAUUUUGGUUCCGAGGGUGCGGCUAACUGCCCAGGUUUGGCGGAGAAGGUGAAGUAGGACCCGGCGCCUGGUUGGCGGGUCCCAGGAGCCAGCGAAGUUGAUGUGCGCACGCUCCUCCUUCCGGGAGAGGUCCCACCCCUGGGGCCCUGGCCUCGCCUCCUGCGCCCUUUCCGGCCCCGCCUCUGGUGCGCGCGGCCAGCUGAGCCCCGGGAAAGGCGGUGAUCGCGGCUGCAACAGUAUGACUUUGGAGGCGAUCCGCUACUCGCGGGGCUCACUACAGAUCCUCGACCAGCUGCUGCUGCCCCAGCAGAGCCGCUAUGAGGCGGUGGGCUCGGUGCAACAGGCCUGGGAGGCCAUCCGCGCUAUGAAGGUGCGCGGCGCCCCAGCCAUUGCGCUCGUGGGCUGCCUCAGCCUCGCCGUGGAGCUGCAGGCGGGCGCCGGGGGACCCGGACUUGCCGCGCUCGUGGCCUUCGUGCGCGACGCUCUGAGCUUCCUUGUCACCGCCCGGCCCACCGCCGUCAACAUGGCCCGCGCCGCCCGAGACCUGGCCGACCUCGCAGCCCAGGAAGCGGAGCGGGAGGGCGCCACGGAGGAGGCGGUCCGAGAGAGAGUGAUCCGCUGGACCGAGGACAUGCUGGCAAAAGACCUCCGGGACAAUCGGAGCAUCGGGGACCUGGGAGCCCGCCACCUCCUAGAGCGGGCAGCCCCCGAGGGCGGCAAGGUGAUAGUGCUGACCCACUGCAACACCGGUGCACUGGCCACUGCUGGCUAUGGUACAGCCCUAGGUGUGAUCCGCUCGCUGCACAGCUUGGGCCGUCUGGAGUGUGCCUUCUGCACGGAGACCCGGCCCUACAACCAGGGAGCCCGGCUGACGGCCUUUGAGUUCGUCUACGAGAAGAUCCCCGCCACCCUCAUCGCCGACAGCAUGGCGGCAGCCGCCAUGGCCCACUAUGGAGUGUCAGCUGUGGUCGUGGGAGCCGACCGCGUGGUUGCCAAUGGCGACACGGCCAACAAGGUGGGCACCUACCAGCUAGCCAUCGCCGCCAAGCACCACGGCAUCCCCUUCUAUGUGGCUGCCCCCAGCUCGUCAUGUGACCUCCACCUGAAGACGGGCCGGGAGAUCAUCAUUGAGGAGCGUCCUGGCCAGGAGCUGACCCAUGUCAGUGGGGUCAGGAUUGCGGCACCCGGAAUUGGGGUUUGGAAUCCUGCCUUUGAUGUCACCCCCCACGACCUCAUCACUGGUGGCAUCAUCACAGAGCUGGGUGUCUUUGCCCCUGAGGAGCUCCGGGAAGCCCUAGGUGCCACGGUCACCCUAGAUGGACCCCAGAAGUAACCAACCUAGCUGUCCAUAUCCUGCCCCCAUUAUUUUUAUAAUAAACUUAUUGAAUGGCCUGCCCAAAAGCUGACCUUGUUCCCCCAACCACAAUUCUUCCCAGAACAGAGAAAGCAGACAGGGCCUUUGCAUGGCUCUUAAGAUCCCAGCAGCUGAAGUCAAGCUGCCUGAGUUCAUAUCGCAGUUCUACCGCCUUUUCUUUUUCUUUUUCUUUUUUUAAUUAAUUUAUUUAUUUUUGGCUGUGUUGGGUCUUCGUUGCUGCGUAUGGGCUUUCUCUAGUUGUGGCGAGCAGGGGCUACUCUUCGUUGCAGUGUGCGGGCUUCUCGCUGCAGUGGCUUCUCUUGUUGCAGAGCAUGGGCUCUAGGCGCUUGGGCUUCAGUAGUUGUGGCACACGGGCUCAGUAGUUGUGGCUCGUGGGCUCUAGUGCGCUGGCUCAGUAGUUGUGGCGCACGGGCUUAGUUGCUCUGAGGCAUGUGGGAUCUUCCCAGACCAGGGCUCAAACCCGUGUCCCCUGCACGGGCAGGCAGAUUAUUAACCACUGCGCCGCCACGGAAGUCCUCCACCGCUUUUUCUGUUGUGUGAUCUUGGCCAAAUCACUUCACUUCUCCAUGCUUUGUUUUCCUCAUUUACAAAAUGGAGACAAUACUAGUACCUCCCUUUUUGGUUGCUCUCAGGGCUGGAAUUAGGGUGACACCUCAGGUGCAAAAUUUUAGAGGAGGCCCUGAGAAGCUCAGUAGUCAAGAUAAAGAAUAGCUUCAUGCAUUACUUUUGAAAAAUCAAAAUUAAUGCAAAAACAAUCCAUGGUGAACAAAAUAUAAAGAUAUUAAAUAGAACGAAACCCUGACCUUGCAUAUCCUGACCCUACUCCCUUCACUCCUGAUACCAGCCCUCGUGCCAACAAAACUUUAUUUACAACAUCAAGUAGCCAGUCCACAGGCUGUAUUUGGACGAUUUUUCUUUGUAUUAAAAUAUUAUUUUUGAAUGUUGAAUAUAUCUUUAUCUUGAUAACUGAAGUUCGGGGCACCCCUUAAAUUUUGCACCAGAGUGCCUCACUUGCCUGACCGUAAGUCCUAGACUUGAAGUUUAUGUAUAAACAGCACAAAACAGCAUAAGUUUUAUAAAGCAGAUAAGCACCCA